CCCUCCCUUCCCCGCCGCCUUCCUUCCGCCUCCUCCCGCCGCCGGGGGCCGGCGCUCGGCUCCCUCCGGCCCGGCGGCGCCCAUGGGGGGCAAGCAGAGCACGGCGGCCCGCUCGCGGGGCCCUUUCCCCGGGGUGGCGGCGGAUGACAGCGCCGUGCCGCCGCCGGGCGGGGGGGGGGGGCCGCCCCCGUUCGGCCAUUACCGGCCGGGAGGCGGCGGCGGCGGCGCCAUGGGGCUGCGCAGCCGCUCCGUCAGCUCGGUGGCCGGCAUGGGCAUGGAGCCGGCGGCCGGCGGCGCCGUCCCCUUCGGGCUGUACGCCAGGGCGGCGGCGGGGGAGGCCGAGAGGGCCCCGGGCGGCGGCGGCGGCGGCGGCGGCGGCGGCGGGGGGCCGGGUACCGACUCCACGUACGCCCAUGGCAACGGUUACCAGGAGACGGGAGGCGGUCGCCAUAGGGACGGGAUGCUCUACCUGGGCGCCCGGGCCUCGCUGGCCGACGCGCUGCCCCUGCACAUCGCGCCGCGCUGGUUCGGCGCGCACAGCGGUUUCAAGUGCCCCAUUUGCUCCAAAUCCGUGGCUUCUGACGAGAUGGAAAUGCACUUUAUCAUGUGUCUGAGCAAACCUCGCCUCUCCUACAACGAUGACGUGCUGACCAAGGACGCCGGCGAGUGCGUGAUCUGCCUGGAGGAGCUGCUGCAGGGGGAUACGAUAGCCAGGCUGCCCUGCCUCUGCAUUUAUCACAAAAGCUGUAUAGAUUCAUGGUUUGAAGUGAACAGAUCUUGCCCAGAGCAUCCUUCUGAUUGACCCGCCGGGCAUGCUUGCUGACUUCUCUCUAAGGGCACCUUGCUAUACCUGCUGUACCUCCUCUCCCUGUCCCACCACCCGCCCCGCCUGGAGUUUUGGGCUGACGUUCAAUUCCUCAAGAAGAUUAAAAAUUAAAACCCAGAAACUUGAAUCCACUUGGGACAACAGCGAUUUUUUUUUUUAAUUUUUAUUUUAUUAUUUUUAUUUGUCUUUUUUUUUAAUUUAAAAGAUUAAAAAGAAAAAAGAAUAAGAAACAUCCAGGAGAAGAGACAGUGUGAGAAAAGCGGAGCAACCUGCUCUCCCCUCCGCAGCCGCUGGCCACGAGGAGGGAUCUGCCACCAAGGGAGGCCAUGGGGACGCUCCCGCCGCCCUCGGCCGAAACCCUGCCAUGAUGUUUGGCUUUUUUCUCCCCGAAACGAACGGAGACGCCGCCGGUGGACAGCUGGCCAAACGGAGCACGCGGCACUUCUCACCGGCAACCCCCCCACCUCCCACCCGGACUCGCCUGGCGCCCCGGGGGCUCUGCUCGGUUUUUUGCACUGACUAAACGGGAAUUUUCUCCUCUCUCCCGUCUCCCUUUUGGAGAUCUCCACCCCGGCCCCGGCAGCGUGUGGCGGGGACUCUGCCCCACGCCGGGAGCGGGGCCACCGCUCUCCCCUGCCGCGGCGCAGGGGGGUUCUGUCUUUCAAGUGUUUACAAUGAGAAAAACAAAAAAAGGAAAAAAAAAAAACAGAGAAAACCAACAAAACAGCAACAAAAAAAAAUAAUUAAAUGAAGCUUUGUGUUGACUGGCGUGUUCUUCGAUUUGAGCUUCCCUGCCCCGGUGAUGUUUACAGACUGGUCACUCUUUAACUCAGCUAUAACCACUCAGAGACUGGACAGCCGCAGCAUCCCCGCCGCCCCCCCGCCGUUGCCAAAUCUCCCCCCCCACCUUUUCUUUCCGUCGCCUUCCAGCCAAACCCUUUUGGGGAGGGGAUUUGGGAGGCCUCCCGACGGCCCCCCCAGGCACGAGCAUCCUGCCUGGACGCCCUCGGCCCCGCCGACGCGUGCUCCCCUCCGGCGGGCGACGAACCCCCCAGUGUGACGGCCGUGACCCCGUCCCCGUCCCCUCCCGGCGCGGCGGGCAUGUUUUCGUUGGUGAGGCCUCCCCUGCCGGUGGCCGUGCCCCUGCGGGAAACAUUUCUGUAUUUAUAUAUUAAAAAAAAAAAAAAAAAAAAUCGGGGAGGGGGAAACGAGUUCAAGAGCUUGGGGGGAGCUUCCUUCAUUAGUCAAGGUGUUUUGAUAUGGUAUUAAAACAAUGUUCAAUAAAAUAUUCACUGUUAUUUUA